UGCGUCUCUGCAGGAGUAACAAGCACUCUCCCCAGUGGGGUCUUGGUGGCAGAGCUCCCAGUCCUCGGGUAGGCUAGGCACACCUGUGCGAGAAGCAGACGAAGAGGGGACAAAAGACACAGACCCAGAGGGGGCCUGGGUGAGCGCAGGAGGAACCUCAAGGGCUCUGAGAGUGCGACCCUGCCCCUUCUGCAGGGGAAGGCCCAGGUCCCUGCCUGCCUCAGCAAGACCACAAUGAACAUGGGAACCUCUUUUAGGCACCAGCUCCUGCUGCUGCAACUGGUGCUGACCUUAGGAGCCACUCAGGGGAGAGAAGUGGUGCUGGCUAGGGUGGGAGGCACAGUGGACCUGCCCUGCAAAGGCCCCCAGAAGAAUACUAAGCACAGCUUCACCUGGAAAGAUUCUCAGGGAUCCACGAUUCUUCGAACUCAGAGCACCUUUGGUGCAACCUGGCUUAGAGGUACCUCCAACAUAGGCAGUCGUGUUGAAUCAAAACAAGGCCUGUGGAAUGAAGGGUCCUUUCCUUUGGUCAUCAAGAACCUUGAGAUAACAGACUCAGGGAUUUAUUUCUGUGAAGUGGAAAACAAGGCAACGGAAGUGGAAUUGCUGGUGUUCAGAUUGAAUGCCAGUUCGAACUCCUACAUCGGCCUGCUGCCUGGACAGAGCCUGACCAUGACCUUGGAGAGCCCCUCUAACAGUGAGCAUUCAGUAACAUGGAAAGAUCCAAAGAAUAAAGAGCGGGAUGGGGGCAAUAGCCUCUCACUGUCGCACAUAGAGUUGCAGGACAGUGGCACCUGGACAUGCAUCGUCUCCCAGAGUAAGAAGACACUGGUGUUCAGCAUAAAAAUCUUGGUGCUGGCUUUCCAGAAGGUCUCUAACACAUUCUAUACAAAAGUGGGGGAGCCUGUGGAGUUCUCCUUCCCACUUACCUUUGAAAAUGAAGACCUGAGCGGGGAGCUGAAGUGGCAGGACGGAGGGACUUCCUCCUUUCAGACCUGGAUCACCUUCUCCUUGAAGAACAGGAAGGUGUCUGUGACGAACGUUCAUGGACGACAGAUCAAGCUGGAGGAGACACUCCCACUCCACUUCAGCCUGCCCAAGGCCUCGCCUGAGGAUGCUGGUUCUGGAAAACUGACCCUUAUUCUCAGCAAGGGGCAGUUGCACCAGGAAGUGAAUCUCGUGGUGAUGAGAAUGACUAAGUCUCAGAACCAAUUGACUUGUGAGGUGCUGGGGCCCAGCUCCCCGGAGCUGGUGCUGAGCUUGAAGCUAAACAACCAAUCUGCAAAGGACUCAAAACAAGAGAAGCAGGUGACGGUGCAGGACCCUAAGGAGGGGAUGUGGCAUUGUUUACUGAGUGACAAGGACAAAGUCCUGCUGGAAUCCAAGGUCGAGGUUUUGCACCUACCAUUAACCCAGGCCUGGCCAAAGCUCCUGGGCAUUGUGCUGGGGGCAGUAGGAGUCUUUCUGAUUUUCACUGGGUUCUGCUGUGUCAAAUGCUGGCACCGAAGGCGCCAGGCAGAGCGGAUGUCUCAGAUCAAGAGACUCCUCAGUGAGAAGAAGACCUGCCAAUGCCCCCACCGGUUCCAGAAGACAUGUAAUCUCAUUUGAGGCUCCGGGCCAGGGGGAGCUUCUCACUUGCAGCCUCCCCAGCUGUCUACCCUGUGUUUCCUGUUGGGCUCCCAGGCCUGCAGACCAGAUGAAUGUAGCAGAUCCAGCGCCUCUGGCAUCUCCUGCUCUCCUUGUCCACAGUUGGCCAUUGGGUUUCCUCUUCCAGAGGCUUACUCACACCCCCGCUUCCCCAGUCAAACCCUAGCCCUUCUUUGAUUUCUUCUCAACUCUCUCCCUCACUGCCCACUUGGAUCCCAGGAGAGUGUGCAGGACAAGCCCUGCCUGGCCUGGAGUGUGAGGCUGGGUGAAGCACAGGACUGUCAUUUUACAGGAAAGGACCUUGGGACCAAAAAGGGCAGGGAGUAGUCCAAGAUCACACAGCCAGUCGAGGACAGAUCCAGAUCUAAAGGCUCCUGAGGGCCCCACUGUUCCAUUCUGAUGCACACCCAAGUCCACAGAUCAAACUCGUGCAGACACAACUCCUUAUCACCCAAGAAGCACAGUCAGUUUAUAAGCCAGAUUCACAUCCUUUGUCUAUUUAAACCUUAUAAACAUCAUUCAAGUCUGGUAGUGACAGGACCAAGAAUAGCACCUCCAGUUUAUAGACCAGAAAUGGAAGUCACAAAGGUAAUAUGGUUGCCCAAGGUCAAAAAGCAAGUAAGUGCUGGGGUAAGGAUGGCCCAAGCUACUUGAUCCCUAGUUCUACUGCUGUUUCUUGAACACAGGGACAAACACCACACUGCAUGUGGCUAGUCACAAAUGCUCAGUAUGUACCUUAGGAUUCACAGAAGCCUGCCUUGGAGAGGUCAGGAACAUGGAGGAGGGCCUUCCUGUCUAAAAUCCUUCCUUCAUCACCUGCUGGAGGCAGAAUCCCGUUACCAGAGGACAAAGCCUUCAGCUCUCCUAAUCAGAGCACAGGCUGGGAGCAGACUACCCAGUGCCCACAACUUAUCCAGUGCAGAACCUUCUGGAAGGUGAGAUUUGACAGGAGGUGAGGGUGGGGGUGGGGCACAGGCCUAAGAGUGAACCCACUGAGAGGACCUGCUGUGAGGGAUGAUGGAGUUGGGCCUCACUCCCCCAGCCCUGCAUGCUCCUUCAUUCCUCCCCCAAACCACUCUGGACACAGGAGAAUUAAGGUGACAAGUAUUCUUCGUCAUCUUGAUUCAGUUCUCUCAGGAUCCCUAGCCUGCUCUUCCUCUCCUUCCAUUCUUUUCUCACCAUUUCCCUCACGCCCUAUGCCCAUCCCCUUUCCCUCCAGCUUGCCUUUUCCAAGAACACCCAAUUGCUGCCAGAGCUCCCACUGCUUGCUUUGU